AUGCAAGACAUCGCCCACCAUGCGGCGGACGUCCUGAGGUACGGGGCGCAGGCGCUGGGGGCCACUCCCUCGUGUCUGGGCCUCGUCACGGCCUACUCGGUGGCCGCGCUGACCAUCGGCCUCGCUUUCGGGGCCGUGGGAGUGAUGGCGGGCAGCUUCCACGUGCUGCGCUACCGCGUCGGCGGCAUACCCCUGUGGCACGAGCGCCUCUUGCUUGGCGUCAACGGGGGCCUCGGCUACAUCCUCACGCCCGACUUCGACGACUACGACGAGCCCAUCGCCGUCGGCCCCGACGUGCGAGCGGUCCUGCAGCUCGCGGGCCAAGGCGACACGCCGCCAGCGCUGGCGGGCGUCGCGGUGCACCGCUUCCGCCGCCUCCCGACGGCCUCGGAGCUGUGGGCGGCUGUCGCGCGCUCGGUGGCCGCAGGCUACCCGAGGCCCCCCGACCCUCUGCCGCUGGCGCUCGCGGCGGGCAACGUCGUGGGCGUCCCGCCUGGUCCCUUCCCGCUGGAGGACCCUGCGGCUGCCGCAGCCCUGCCGCCUGCGGCCCUGCCGCCACCUCCCGGCGGGGAAGGGGCGGCGCUGCCUGCGGGGGCCGCGGCCCCGCUGGCGAUACCCCCCGCGGCCGCGGCCGCUGCGGCGGCCCCUCUCGGCGUCACCCCUGGCGUCGCUGCGCUGGCCGCCGCGCUGGGGGCCGCCCCGCCUGGGCCUGCUGGGGCUCUGCCGCUGGUGCCCGCCCCUGCACUGGAGGCUGCGCCCGCCGCCGCCGCCCCUGGGGCGCCUGCCCCCGUUGGCGACUUCAGGGUCCUCCCGAGGCUGCUCAGCCCGAGGGGCGAGCGCGAGAGGAGGUUCGGAGAGACCGUCAACGCCCUCUCGGAGACCCCCGUGCAGGGUUGGCCCGUGCAAGGGCCGAGGACCCUCCUCUGGUGUUUGUCCUUCAUGUCGACGAUGGCGGGCACGCCCACCGCGCGGCACCAGAGGUGGCUCACGUCGACGGCCCUGCCCGACGAGGACGAGCACGCCAAGCUGCACGAGACGCUCUGCCGCGUCCUGGACCUCGCCGUCGUGUACGAUCAGCUGCAGAUCGCCGAGAUGACAUCGUUCGAGAUCAUCGCUCGCCAACUUCAGCUCCUGGAGGAGCGGGUGCACGAGACGCGAUCGCCACCUCCGAGUGGCGCAGCCCCCAAGGCCAAGGCCGCGGCCAGAGGCGGCGCCUCAGCUGGGACUUCCAGCUCACCUGAGACCAGCUACUUCCUCGGCGCAGGUGUCUCCAAGGCCAAUCUCUGCAUCUCGCCGAAGUUGCUGGAGUACAUCGCAGACCAGAUGAGGGCGGAGGCCGCCAUCAGCAAAGAGCGCCGCAAGGCUCGCGAGGAGCGGGCCUUGCGGGCGCCACGGCGCCUGAGAACUUCAGGCCUGGCUGUGGGGCGCGCCACAGUGGCGCCAGCCAGGCUCAUUGCCCCCUCGCUGCACCACCCCUUCGACAGCGAGACGUUUUCCCCCUCCGCCCUAUUCCUGUGGAGCGAAGAUCAGGCUGGCAUGCUUGAGUGGGAGGUCGCCGAUCGCCAGGCUACCUACUCUACUGGCUUUUUCUUCGUCGAGAAGUCCAACGGCGUCAACCUGCGCCUCGUCUUCGACACGCGGCCGUUCGUCUCCGUCAUGCCGAUGGGCUGGUCCUGGGCCCUCCACUUCUGCCAGUCCGCCCUGACCACGGCCAUCCUCGACUCGGGUAUCGACGAGAGCUCCUUGCUGGUGGGCGGCGCUGCCAUCCCCCCGUCGCGGAAGGACUCCGACGUCAUUGGCGCGGGCUACGUAGACAAUUUUGCCACCGUGUCCCUCGACCCUGAGGUGGCCACGACAGCCUGCCAGGCCAUACGUGACGUGCUCGUGUCGAGGGGUCUGCCCGUCGACGAGUUCGCUCCCGCCGCCAAGCGCGUGGUCUUCACUGGCUUGGACAUUCUCGGCGACGUCGGCAUCGUCCGCUGUAAGAUCGACAGGACCAAGACCCAUCCUGGGCCAGUGCUGCUCGCCCGAGGGGCCCUGUCGGUGCUGGAGACGGCCGCCGUGUCGGACACGACCAUGGCCAACUACUGGGGCGCCGCCAAGAAGUUCGAGGUCGAUGUCAUCCUAGUUACCUAUUUCGUGAACCUCCUUCUGGACGGCUUCGACAGUGCCACGGGCCGUGUACUCAUGGCCGCUCUGAAGCACUACCUGCCCGCGAUCCUCGCUGGCAGGACUCCGUGCCCACGGGCGGCUCGCGCCUUGACAGGCUGGCGGAAGCUCGUUCCCCCGCAGAUGCGACCCCCUCUUCCUCGAGCGGCGAUGGCGUCCAUCGUGGGUGUCCUGAUAGCGUGGAAGCUCUUCGGCAUGGCUGUGUUCGUCAGGCUGAUGCUUGACACAUACCUGAGGCCCAGCGAGGCAUACCGCCUCACGGCGGGGAGCGCGAUACGACCUCGACCCGACGGCGUCCUGGGGCACGGCCACUGGGCCCUGAUCGUCAACGACGCCUGCCUCGACCGCCCUGGCAAGACGGGCGAGAUGGACGAGAGCGCGAUCGUCGACAACCCGACCAUCUGGCCGCUCCUGGAGGCCCUGGUUCACGACAAGGGCCCGACCGACGGCCUGUGGACCUUCGCCCCCGACGAGGUGCGGAGUAUGUUCCGUCGAGCGGCAGUUGCCCUCGGUCUGGAGACCGAGUUGACUCUCGAACCCACGCUUCGUCAUGGGGGUGCGUCCGACGACCUGCUGUCGCUCAGGCGCACGAGGAAGGAGGUCAAGGACCGCGGCCGCUGGAGGACGGACCAGAGCCUCCUCCGCUACGCGAAGCGGGCCCGCAUGCAGCAGCGGUUCGCCAGCCUAGGCCAGAACGUCGUGGAGUUCGGCGAGCAGGUGGACAGGCAGAUGAACGACCUCAUCCUGCAGACCACGGCCUCGGGCGUCUUCCCACUGAAGGUGCCUCUGGCAGUGGCGCCGACAAGCAGGCACUGCCCUGCGCUGGUGCUCGGCUGCGACGGCGGGGCGGCCCGCGCCCUGCAGCGGUUGGGCUUCGGCGCCGUGCACCUCGACUCGAGUCGCCACGCAGGUGGCGACAUCACCGAUCCCGCAGUGAUACGGCGCGUCUUAGGCCUCGACACGAGCGCGGGCGGCCUGGACCCGCGGCGGCCCGCCGAGGCGUUCGCGCCCGAGGCCAUCCGGGCAUUGUAUCAGGACGUGUGGGUGGAGGUCCAUCACCGGGGCGUCUAUGGGGUGGGCUUCUUUUGCAAGAGGGGCAUCAAACAAGGUUGCCCACUCUCUGGGAGCUUGUUCGCCCUGUGCUCUGACCCAGUCAUACGGAUGCACGCCGCGCGCCUACCACCAUGCAUCUCCUCCCUCAGAGCAUUUGCGGACGACCUAGGAUUGGCAUCGUGGGACAUCGUGCUCAGCCUGGCCAUCUCGCUGCGUAUCUGGCAGGUGGUUGGUUCUGCACUGGGCUUGGAACUCAACGCUGCGAAAACUGUCAUAGUACUACUCGGCCCUUUCUCGUCCUCCGAGUUCCUGAGCGCCAUGGCCGAGGCCGGCUUCCCAGACCUUGCCGUUCAAGUCAGUCGAUGUGGGAAGUAUCUUGGAGUACACCUUGGGCACGGUUGCCGGUGCCUGGAGCACGCUGGUUGGGCUGCUCUGUUCCGUGCUGCCGAGCAUUCUAAAGCGUUCUUCGACAUCAAGGCGAGGCCGCCGCCCGAGGGCGCCGCCGCGGGAGGGCACGCAGAGCUGCAGGAUCUGUCGGAUAUGGCCGCCGAGUGCGGCAAGCCCGCCAAGAAUGACAUCCCCAUCGGCAUCCCGAUGGGGAAGCCCUGCGAUGGCAAGGCCGACAGCAGCAGCGGGCGGUGGGACUCCGACAUCGAGCUCGGCGCCGUCGGCGCUCGCGUGGAGGAGACAGACGCCCAAGUUGGGGACCAGCUUCCACCAGACAUCAGGGCUGGCUUCGUCCGCAAGGUCUACGGCAUCCUCACUGCGCAGCUGGCGUUCACGGUGGUCUUCGUGGGGGCAUGCAUGCUGGUGAGCCCAGUGAGAUCGUUCAUUCUCGGCAUGUUCCGGAACAUCCCUGGCAUGCAGUUGUUCCUGAUGAUCCCCACAGUGGGCGUCAUUUGUGCCCUCAUGAAGUACAAGGACACAGUCAUCCCCUGA